GCGAGCGGAUCUUUUUCAUCCUUAGCCUCCGCUUAUUCUCCGUAUUCCGACUGGAAGAGACCUGAGUCUGUGGAUAUCGUCGAUGUUGGGGGAAGCAGUGGAGGUGGUUCCAGAGACAGAGAGCAGAUGAAAAGUUUUCAUCAGGGAGCACAGCCUGAAGAUCCUCGUCAAGAUGAAGAUUUUCGGUAUCAAAACUCUCUUGUAGACUCGCAGCCUCAAGCAGCGAUAGCAUCAUCAUGUUGCGCAAGUAGUAGCUCACCACCUUUGCUUUUCCGACAGCACAUCAUCAAAACCUGGGAAAGGAGGAGGUCAUUGGAUAGUAACGUUAGGCCCACGGGAUUGAUAUCUCCUCAUCAACUCUCGCAGCAGAGUCUAUCGCCAAUGCCGUCACAGGGUACUAGGAGAGCCAGGCUCGCCUUUGUAGGAACAGCCGGAGGAGGACUGGAUUCAGGAGGACAAGCAAGACACGGAGACAAUAUCUUCAUUGAAGGAAAUAGAAGCGAACAAGAUCAUGUUGACGAAAGGCGCAAGUUCAGUACUUUUUCUUUCUUUCCUCCUUCGUCGGGAUUCGCAAAAGCAGAAAAAUCGACUAUGCCCCAAGCGCGGAUCCCGUAUUUCUAUGCACGUCCAACGCAAGCCAGUCGACAGAAAGAAAGAGCAGUUCCUAAAAGCCCAAGCAGAGCAUCAUCUUCUACGGACUGCUUCAACAGUCCACCUCUUUUGUGGAACACUUCAACGGAUUCACAGAGGCUCCAGAGAAGAAGAACAAUACCCACAGGGUUCAUAGAACGCCCUCGUAUUUUUUUUACUUCUAGAUCAAAAAAAGCAGGAAAUCACAUCAACGCUGUUGAUGAAGCUGAACGGCCUGAUCCAAGGCCUAAUGAUCCUUCUUCUACAAUAGGCGCUUCAACAACAACAGCCUUCACUUCCAGUAGCAGUUCUACAAUAGGCGCUUCAACAGCAACAGCCUUCACUUCCAGUAGCAGCAGUUCCUCCAGAAGUAUUUCUAGAGUCCCUUCUCCGUGUCCGUCUCCGUCUUUUAAGUUUCAGUCGCUGAAGAAAGCUGCGCGUGUCUGUGCAGCGUCAAGACUUGAGGAUGCGAAACGAAUUUCACAUAGUUGCACUAGGAGAGACCAGUAUGCUUCUGAACAAGGGAAAAGAAUUUCACAUAGUUGUACUAGGAGAGACCAGUAUGAAAUUGAAUCGUUGAAGGGGACGAAUGACAAAGACUCCUGUCGCGCAACUUCUAGUACGACAAGGAGAAGUGGAACUAGUGGAAUAACAGGAAGGACCAGCAGCAGCAACUUUGCAGCAGAAAGUACUAGUCAAAAGUGUAAAAGAACAAGUACAAGUGGUAGUGGUCAGCGCGACGACCGUAUUCGCGCAGCACGGUCAGAGAAGCAAUCUGCGAGUACGAAACAAAAACUUGAGGAGUUACAGUUAUGUCUUGAAUCAGCAAUAAUCAUGUACAUGUUGAGUAAGAAUCCUUCUACUAGAACAGAAUACUCAUCCUUCAAAAUGAUUGUGAUUCUCUUGACGAGCACUCUAUCGCUAUCUCUAACUCUUGCGCAAUGCGAUGCUGCUCGAAAGUGUAUCGAGGAAGGCAAAAAGCCUACGAGUCUCCAGUCGAGUCCUGGGGAAGCCAGUACAGUGGAUUCAACUAGAGCUAGUGGCAGCCCUCAAGGAAGCCCUUUGUUUUAUUUUCCGAAACGCUUAGAAACCACUAGUAGUAGUAGCACUCCUGAUGUGGACGUUGCCGCACACGCACGACAACCUAGAAGUAGCUAUAGCUUCACUUCAUCUUCAACAAGAACAAAUUAUCUACAACACAGUGGUGAUCCUUGUGGUCGCCUAUCUUCUUCAGGUGGUGAGGAAAUUAUCUGUACGGGAUCGGGAGGUACAUCAAAAACAGUAACUGUUGAUGACGAUAAAGAAAAGGCAUCUUCGACGGUGCCCGCUGAUGUAGAUGAAAACAAGCGUUCUGGUGCUCCUUCUAGGAGUUUCAAGACAUACAUUACGACUCGCACACCAGAAAUUCCACCUUCUGUCAAUGCUGUACAAGAACCUGUACCUGUACCUGGAUUUUCUUCACUUAUCCAGAAGAAAAAACCUGGUUUUUUGAAUUCGAUCCUGAUCCCUUCCAGCGUGUUGCUGCACCAGCCGCCAAAACACGCGAGCAUCACGUGUAGUUGUAGUUCUUCACUACGUCAGCCACAACAUCCAGCACAGGUUCCACUAACCACGCACACGUUGAGACCUCCCAAAAAUAUUUUGAUGGGGGAUUAUAGAAUCAGUUUCCCCUCCAGUGGAGCAUCAUCUUCAAUGUUGACUCACGCUAGGGUACCAGCCUCAACAGGAGCCACUACUACAACUGCAUCACCUGCUGGAAAUCUAAUAGAAGUAUCUCGUACAUUGAUAAAACCCACACCAAGCAGUGACCAAGCACCACCGCAAACUCAACAUCAACCUCCAGCGACUUCGUCGCGCAAAACAAUGCAUAGUGGACGUAAGAGCUACGCUGCCAUUCCCAUGUGACGAUGAUUUGGGCAUUAUCUGCUUAUUCUUCUUUAUCUUUUCCAUUUCUUUUCCAUUGAUCUUUUGCCUAACUCGUACUGCUUUUCUUUUUUCCUACUACUUAUUUUAUUACACGUACAACUACAUUUUCACUGACAGAAGAGGAUGACAUGUCCUUGUUCGCCCAUAGGGUUCUCCUCGCGUUGGGAUUUAUGGAUGUUAUAUUGGGGCUAAUAUGAAAAAAUCAUUCAACAUUCAUCAUCAGAGAAUUUGCUUCCAGACUACUGGAAGUCAUUUAAAGACAACGAAAUAGCAUUUCUAGGAAC